GAACAAUUUCCAUAAAGGGCUGUGAAAUCGAAACUUUCAGUCUUCAAAAAGAGGCAGUGACCUUUGAAGAUGUGGCUGUUAACUUCACCGUGGAGGAGUGGGCUUUGCUGGAUCCAUCCCAAAAGAAGCUCUACAGAGAUGUGAUGAGAGAAAUGUUUAGGACUGUGGCUGCUAUAGGUAGAGCCUGGGAUGACCAGGUGGAAGAAGAGCAUGAAAAUCACUGGAGAAAUCAAAGAAAUGAAGAGUUGGAGAAAUGGUACCCAGUAAAUAUGCCCACCAUAGCUCACACUGGAAUGAAGGCUUAUGAGUUUUUGGGAUUAGAAGAGAAGCUGUAUAAAUGUAAUCAACAUGCAAGAACCUGCAGUGAUUUUCGCGCUUUUCAGAACGAUGCAAGGACAAAGACUAGAGAGAAAUCCUAUGAAUAUAAUCAGUGUGAAAAGUCCUACUUUGAUCUUAGUGAAAGAACUCAGCUUAGAGAGAAGACCUUUGUAUUGGCCGUGAAAAGAGUGCUAGCCAGGGAGGAGUACCAGAGCAGUUUCAACAUCUAUAUCCACUUUUCCAUGGUUUGGAAACCUCCAGAGGACUGGAACAUGGUCUGCUGA